AUGGCUCCAGACGAUGGACUGGCCGAAGAACGAGGGGAAAGCCCUCUCUAUGAAUGGACGAGGCGCCUUCUUGUGAACAACCGAAGCGUGGGCUCUCCAUCAACAAUCAAUAUAAUGCUCACUUUCCCCAACCCAAGUAGCCUUGAUUUGAGCCGGUUGACAAAGAGGAUCGACGAGCUUCAGCAAUUAUGGCCAUUGCUCAGCGCCACAGUCGCAGACCAGCGGACUACCAAACCAAAAUUUCGAUAUAACUAUUCAAGUUGGCCCGCAGACCAGAUUCUUUCAAGCAAAACUUAUGAAACCAAUCCGGACAAUCCCACGGAGGAAAGGGACACGGUAUAUGAAAUGGCUCUGCGCCAGUUCCAAGUCAAGAUCUCGUAUGAUAGCGAUCCUCUCUGGGGAGUCACUCUGUUUCGUGCCUCGUCUGAUCCCGAGAACCAAAGGCUAUAUAUCGCAUUAACCCUGGACCACGUCAUCAUUGAUGGCCGCGGGGCUGUUAAGCUGGCCAAAGCUCUUGUUGCCACCGAUGUUUCUCAUCUAGCCAGGGAGGAUAUUGAGCUCUACGAUAAGGCGGGCAUUGGUGCAGGGGCUGAGGAGCUACCACCAUACUCUGUGAUUGCCGCGACUAUUUUCCGUGUGAUUUUGGUCCCACGACUGCCGGACGUAGUGAAAAGAUGGCUUGGCUAUGUUCCAGCUUGGCCCCAGAAGAUAACACAGUUGACGAUUAAUAGUCCUUGGAAAUCAUCUAUCGUCGACGUCCCAGCUAGCUUGACGCUGAAGCUCAAGGAGGUGGGAAAGAAACACGGAGUAGCAACACUCAACCCGACGUUUCACACCGCUUGGGUCCUGGCAGUCUGGGCGGUGUUUAUUGACGGAAAGAGUGACGAAGCGGUCCGGGAUUGCUCAAUCAAAGACUUGCGCGAUGUCAGCAAGGGAGACCCAUACUGCAUGUCUGGCCGCCCGACUAUAUACAUGUGGUCAACCGGUAGACUGACGGACAAGUCACGCUUCUGGGACCUGGCUCAGGCUUAUUCGCAUGUAUCGACGGAUCCGCAGGCGGCCCUCGAUGGCCUGAAUAUGAUGAAGAUGGUGAACAUGAUCAAGGAUGGACCAGCCAACCCCGAAGAGUGUAAAUAUCGUGCGCCGGACUCUGAUUCGCUCCCCGCCGGAGACAAGAGGGCGUACACGCUGGGGGAAGAGGAAGCACUGAAGAAGAUCAACUCCAUAUCGCCCUUUCAAGGCAUGAGCGGUACCUGGUCCAACCUGUCAUAUCUCGGCCUCCCUGAAGGCGCGACCGACAUGAUUUUUGGCGUUUCUGGAAAUGACACUGGCACUGCGUUCAACACGUGUCUCGUCGGGCACGAGGGGGGAGCUAGGAUACAGAAUGCUUAUUCCGACGGCGCCGCAAUGGCAGAGGAUGGCGUUAAGAGGGCUGAGAAGGUCUUUCUAGAUAUCCUAAAUAGCAUUUCUGAGGAAGAAGAGAAGGACUGGACCGUCGGUGAUCUUGUUAAAAAGUCCUAG